AUAGUAAAACGAAAAAUGUGAUACACCAAAAUAUUGAGAAAAUGUGCUCCGGUAGUAACACUUCUUGCAUAAUGUGCAUCGAAUAUGUGAUUUAGUAAAUAGAAUAAAGUUAAAUAUCAUAAAAAUGCAUCGCCUAAUUUCCGCGAAAAAUGUAACAUUUACAAAUUAUUCCUUUCAAAGGAAUUGGAACAUUUGUUGGUCGUGUGGAGGCCUUCUCAAUGCGAUUGGGAGUAGUAGCACAGUAACAAGUCAUCCAUCGAUGCUGUCAACAACACCAAACACAGACCUGGUGAACAAUUUGAAGAAACACAAAAAACGCAGACAAAACAAAAAGAAAUGGCAAGUUGAGCUCAUCGAAGUGGAUGGCAAGUCUUUAAUCAACAAAACGGCUACAGUGAAAAGCUUGACAUCGACCCGUUUGUCGAAUUUUCUCGACUAUUCAAAUAAGUCCACUGAGCAAUCAACAAAUGCCGGUGACAGUCACACAACUUUCCAUCAGAAUUCCAUGAUUAAUCUCGGCCGGGCUGUAUUUGAAUCAGAUGAAACUGUGGGUGAAGCUCCCGCCCUUAUCGUGGGAGGGAAGUCUACAGUCGAUCCUAUGAAAAACCUUCAAGCCAUUAUUGACAGCUAUAGGGUCUUCAGAGAGGAAAGUCUAUCCAAUUCCCAGUUGGAUAAUGAGGAAACUAUGAUGAUUGAGAACACGGAUACGUUGGAAGAACUAGUUCCAGAACCAAUGACCACACUGAGCACGAGGGGGAAAAAGAAGAAAAAAGUUGCCGGGGGUGCAGUUAAAAAGACCGAAUUCAAUUCCAAAAUUCAUAACACCUUCGACGACCAACAAGCGGCGAAGCACAGAUCACUAUUGACAAAUUUGGCAUCGUAUGUGGAAAUGUGUUCGGGAAAUAAAAACGCUGACCGUGGCCUGCAAGCUCUGUUAUACUAUCGCAGCAAAUUCAAGCAAUUUAAACUGAGUAUCGAUCUGUAUAACGUGGUGCUGGGUGGAUUUGCGGAAAAGGCCAAUCUACCGAAAAUAAACGAGGUGAUGAGGAUACUAAAGACGGACAACAUUCAACGCAAUGCUCAAUCGUAUGCGGCAAUAUUCGAAUGUCUUGGUCGUUUGGAUGCAAGCGACGAACAUUUGAAAAUAUUACAAAAGUUUCGUAACGAUGCGACAGAGAAUGGUGUUUCACUAAAUGACAUAAUGGAUUUGAGUACAUUCACCGACAAUAAGCGAGAAAUUGUGGUUGAAGUAAUUCAGCGAUUAGAUCCAGCAUUUCGUCCAAUUUACACACCCCCUGACAUAAUGUACAACAAUUGUCUGUUAGAUGCCAUGAACAAGGACAUACAACCCGUUGAAGAUAAGGAUUUCCCGCAAAACCGUUCCGUGAUAAAGGAUGAAAAGCGUAAUUUUACGGUGGAAGAAUAUCAACGGAUGUUCGACGAGCAACUUGAAAUUGAACGGAAUGGUUCGGUUAAGAUAAAAAGUAUUGCAAAAUUCGACACAGUCGAUGACAACAUUUUGUAUUACCGUUCCAAAAUCGAAGAUCUUCACAAAAAAUGGCAUGCCGCAAUGUGCAAAGGAUUCGUUCGUGAUAUAAUCGCACUUGGAUACCAAGCAAAGUGCAAGAAUCGUUUUGCCAUCAACAUUAUGCCAUACUUACGACUGUUUCCCGAGGAAAAAUAUGCGGACAUUUUGCUGGACGACAUACGAACGUUAGCCGAAGGCUCUGAGACAUUCAGCGAAUCAAUAAAAUUGUUAUACGCACGAAUCGGUCGGAAAGUUCAAAAUAGGCACUUCAUGGAACGUAAAAUGCAUAAUGGUGUGCUGGAUAAAACGAAGGAAAUUUACGAACAAUAUUACAAGACGAUAUGCGAAGGACAUAGCAGUGAUAAUUCUAGACAAAUGUGGCAAAGAUUGGUGCACCACAACCGGCAUUGUGGAGCUAGUAUGGACAUAGUUGACAAUCCCUGGCCUAUGCCCAUUUGUAUUGAAGUUGGUCGUUUUUUGUACCAGAUCUUGUUGAGAGAUGUUAAGAUUGACACGAAUAUAAUGCGCACGAACAGCAAGAAAUCCUAUAACCUACCCGCCUUUUUCACUAUAUUUCGUACCGAGGGGAAAUACGUUCGAGAGGAAAUGAAACCGCAUCCACUUUUGGCGAAACUCCACAAGGCAUCUCAGCAAGAAACACUUACUUUCGAUGCAAAUUUGAUUCCCAUGCUGUGUCCACCACAACCCUGGCACACAUCCCACAAUGGAGGUUACAUUUUGGCUCGCUCGGAUUUGAUUCGCUUACCAUCACAAGCGCGCCAACAGUGGGAUCGCAUUAAAGCGUCGAAAGCGUCGGCCAUGUACCCAGCAUUAGACUCACUGAACCAAUUGGGCAGUAUCGCAUGGAAAGUGGACACCAAAAUAUUGGAUGUUGCUUUGAAGGUGUUCCGAAAUGGUGGAUCACAAGAAUUAAAUGUGUCACAGCCGCCGAGUGCAUUACCUCCGCUGGAAUUCGAUAAGUCUGAAAAUGAUCCUAGCUUGGGAAAGAAUAAGAAAUACGAGAUGUUCAAGGCUAAGAUGGCACAUCGUCAGACACAAGGGGAAAUGUUCGGUUUAUGGUGCGAUCUGUUGUACAGACUGUCGCUUGCGAAUCAUUAUCGUGAUAAAGUUUUCUGGCUUCCACACAACAUGGAUUUUAGGGGUCGUGUCUAUCCCCUUCCUCCACAUCUAAAUCACCUUGGUGCCGAUUUAGCACGUUCAUUACUCGUUUUCCAUCGAGCCAAGCCACUAGGUGUCGACGGAUUUUCUUGGUUAAAGUUACAUUGCAUCAAUCUAACUGGUCACAAGAAACGUGAGUCGGUCCAAAAUCGUUUGCAAUACGCCGAGGAGAUGAUGGAAAACAUUAUCGAUUCGGCCGACAAUCCAUUAACGGGUCGAAAGUGGUGGGUAACAUCCGACGAGCCGUGGCAAACGUUAGCUUCCUGCAUGGAAAUCACAAAAGUGUUACGGUCACCUGAUCCUACAACGUUUAUGAGCUCGUUUCCAAUACAUCAGGACGGAUCUUGCAAUGGUUUACAACAUUAUGCGGCACUCGGUCGUGAUACAGCCGGUGCUGUCAGUGUGAAUCUUCAUCCAUCGAGUGUUCCGCAGGACGUGUACAGUGAUGUUGCUGAGUUAGUGGAAAAGUUGCGUAAAGUUGACGAAGCUAACGGAGUGGCCAUAGCAGGAAUUUUGAAAGGCUACAUAAAACGGAAAGUCAUCAAGCAGACUGUAAUGACAACGGUUUAUGGCGUCACUCGUUUUGGAGCUAGACAACAAAUAGCAAAGCAACUCAAAGCAAUUGAUUCAUUCCCGAAAGAGUCGGUGUUUGCAGCGUCGCAAUAUUUAACGAUGAAAACGUUUGAGAGUCUCAGUGAAAUGUUUACGUCAACCAAACAAAUUCAAGAUUGGUUUACACAAUCUGCACGACAAAUUGCGUCCGUUCGCAGUCAGAACGUUGAAUGGAUUACGCCAUUAGGUUUGCCUGUGGUGCAACCAUACCACCAGGAUCUUCUUUACAAAACGUCUGGCGCUACCACACUCAAAAUUGAUUCGUUUGCCAAGCCAAAUAUUGUGAAGCAGAAGAAUGCCUUUCCACCAAACUUUGUUCAUUCAUUGGAUUCCAGUCACAUGAUGUUAACAUCAUUGCAUUGCGAACGAGCUGGUUUAACGUUUAUGUCGGUGCAUGACUGCUAUUGGACUCAUGCAUGCACUGUGCCCACCAUGAACAAAAUUUGUCGUGAGCAAUUCGUUGCGUUGCAUAGUCAACCGAUACUGGAGGAUUUAGCGAAAUUUCUGGAGAACCGCUACCGUUUUAGCGAGACUGAACUCACUCAGGAUGGAGCGAAAUCAACCAAUUUAAAAUAUGAAUUCAACUACAUGCUAAGUCAACCGCCCCCAGACCGCGGUACUUUUGAUUUAAACAACGUUCUUGACUCCACAUAUUUCUUCAGUUAGUUUUAAACACCGAAUUGCGCUUACUAUAAACAAAUGUAGUCGAUUUUGUAUUUCAAUAAAAUGGAUUUUGCAA